UCGAGCGUUGUUACCGAACUAGGAAGGUCGGUCUAACUGUAGUAGCUACACUGAGCUCUCGUCUCUCUGUGUGUCGGGUGGUACAGCCAGUGUGCGCCAGUACAAGUACACAGCUCUACAGCUCUCCGCUCUGCCCGCCGCCUUCGUAGCGCUGGUGUGCUGCUGCUUACACAAUAACUGUGCAUCGAUAAAGCCAAAGAAGAAGCACACAGGAUACGAAUACAUAUAGAAAUACAAAAAAAACCCAAACUCUUAAGCUGUUCACAGCUUAACGAGUGUUAAAAAAAAACGUGUGUGAUUUGUUAUUGUUGUUUCGUCUAAGAAGCAGCAUUUGAAGUGCAAUAAUUAGUUUGAAACGGGGUAGUUUUCUGCGAAAUACCCCCGCAACGGAAAGAUAUUGUGUAAUAGCCCUCGCCGUGUAAAAGUCAAGACGCAAGAUGCCGACCAAAGCAGCUAAGAAGGAGAACUUGGAUGAUCUCAAACAGGAGUUGGAUAUUGACCAUCAUAAAAUCUCUCCUGAGGAAAUGUACCAGCGUUUCCAGACACAUCCUGAAAAUGGUCUGAGUCAUGCCAAGGCUAAGGAGAAUCUGGAACGUGAUGGUCCCAAUGCGCUAACACCGCCCAAGCAAACACCCGAAUGGGUGAAGUUCUGCAAGAAUCUGUUUGGCGGCUUUGCCAUGCUGCUGUGGAUCGGUGCUAUACUUUGCUUUGUCGCCUACUCCAUUCAGGCGACAACCAGCGAGGAGCCAUCCGACGAUAACUUGUAUCUGGGUAUUGUACUUUCCGCUGUGGUCAUUGUGACAGGCAUUUUCUCAUACUACCAGGAAUCGAAAAGUUCGAAAAUCAUGGAAUCGUUCAAGAACAUGGUGCCCCAAUUCGCAACUGUUAUUCGUGAGGGCGAGAAAUUGACGCUGCGCGCCGAAGAUCUCGUCUUGGGCGAUGUUGUUGAGGUGAAGUUCGGCGAUCGUAUUCCCGCCGACAUCCGCAUCAUUGAGGCGCGCAACUUUAAGGUGGAUAACUCUUCGCUAACUGGUGAAUCGGAGCCGCAAUCGCGUGGCUCGGAGUUCACGCACGAGAACCCCUUGGAGACCAAAAACUUAGCCUUCUUCUCGACCAAUGCCGUCGAGGGCACUGCCAAGGGUGUUGUCAUCAGCUGUGGCGAUCACACUGUCAUGGGUCGCAUUGCUGGCUUGGCUUCCGGUCUGGAUACCGGCGAGACUCCCAUUGCUAAGGAAAUCCAUCAUUUCAUCCAUUUGAUCACCGGCGUUGCUGUGUUCCUGGGCGUCACCUUCUUUGUGAUUGCCUUCAUUUUGGGCUACCAUUGGUUGGAUGCCGUCAUCUUUUUGAUCGGUAUCAUUGUCGCCAACGUACCGGAGGGUCUGCUGGCCACUGUCACCGUGUGCCUGACCCUGACUGCCAAGCGUAUGGCAUCGAAGAAUUGUUUGGUCAAGAACUUGGAAGCUGUCGAAACAUUGGGCUCCACCUCCACCAUCUGCUCUGAUAAGACCGGCACACUCACCCAAAACCGCAUGACAGUCGCCCACAUGUGGUUCGAUAACCAGAUCAUUGAGGCCGAUACCACUGAGGAUCAGUCGGGUGUUCAAUACGAUAGAACCAGCCCUGGAUUCAAGGCGCUCUCUCGCAUUGCCACUCUCUGUAACCGUGCCGAGUUCAAAGGUGGUCAGGAUGGUGUCCCAAUUCUGAAGAAGGAAGUCAGCGGCGAUGCCUCCGAGGCUGCUCUGCUCAAGUGCAUGGAGCUGGCUCUCGGCGAUGUGAUGAACAUUCGCAAGCGCAACCGCAAAAUCGCUGAAGUGCCAUUCAACUCCACCAACAAGUAUCAAGUGUCCAUUCACGAGACCGAGGACCCCAACGAUCCACGUGUUCUGCUGGUCAUGAAGGGCGCACCCGAGCGUAUUCUCGAACGUUGCUCGACCAUCUUUAUCAACGGCAAGGAGAAGGUGUUGGACGAGGAGAUGAAGGAGGCGUUCAACAAUGCCUACAUGGAGCUCGGUGGACUCGGCGAGCGUGUGCUCGGCUUCUGUGAUUUCAUGCUGCCCUCCGAUAAAUACCCAACUGGCUACAAAUACAACACCGAUGACAUCAACUUCCCCAUUGACAAUCUGCGUUUCGUUGGCCUAAUGUCCAUGAUUGAUCCCCCACGUGCCGCUGUGCCCGAUGCCGUGGCCAAGUGCCGUUCGGCCGGUAUUAAGGUCAUCAUGGUCACUGGCGAUCAUCCAAUUACUGCCAAAGCCAUUGCCAAAUCUGUGGGCAUCAUCUCCGAAGGCAACGAGACCAUCGAGGAUAUUGCCCAGCGUCUCAACAUACCCAUCUCUGAGGUCAAUCCACGCGAGGCUAAGGCUGCUGUUGUCCAUGGCGCCGAGCUGCGUGAUGUGUCGUCCGAUCAGCUUGAUGAAAUCCUACGCUAUCACACCGAAAUCGUCUUUGCCCGUACCUCGCCCCAGCAGAAGCUCAUCAUCGUCGAGGGUUGCCAGCGCAUGGGCGCCAUUGUGGCUGUCACCGGUGACGGUGUCAACGAUUCACCUGCCCUGAAGAAGGCCGAUAUUGGUGUUGCUAUGGGUAUUGCCGGCUCCGAUGUGUCCAAGCAGGCCGCUGACAUGAUCUUGUUGGAUGAUAACUUUGCCUCCAUUGUCACUGGUGUUGAGGAGGGUCGCUUGAUCUUUGAUAAUUUGAAGAAGUCCAUUGCCUAUACACUUACCUCCAACAUACCCGAGAUUUCGCCCUUCUUGGCCUUCAUUCUGUGCGAUAUACCACUGCCACUCGGUACCGUCACAAUUCUGUGCAUCGAUUUGGGCACUGACAUGGUGCCAGCCAUUUCAUUGGCCUACGAACAUGCCGAAGCCGAUAUUAUGAAGCGUCCGCCACGUGACCCAUUCAACGAUAAAUUAGUGAACUCAAGAUUGAUUUCCAUGGCCUAUGGACAAAUUGGCAUGAUCCAGGCAGCAGCCGGUUUCUUUGUCUACUUUGUGAUUAUGGCUGAGAACGGUUUCCUGCCCAUGAAACUGUUUGGCAUCCGUAAGAUGUGGGACUCCAAGGCCGUCAACGAUCUAACUGAUUCGUAUGGUCAGGAAUGGACUUAUCGCGAUCGCAAGACCUUGGAAUACACCUGCCACACCGCGUUCUUCAUAUCGAUUGUCGUGGUACAGUGGGCCGAUUUGAUCAUUUGCAAGACGCGUCGCAACUCCAUAUUCCACCAGGGCAUGCGCAACUGGGCCCUCAACUUUGGCCUCGUCUUCGAAACGGUGCUGGCUGCCUUCCUCUCCUACUGCCCCGGCAUGGACAAGGGUCUGCGCAUGUAUCCCCUGAAACUCGUCUGGUGGUUCCCAGCCAUUCCAUUCAUGUUGGCCAUCUUUGUGUAUGAUGAGACUCGUCGCUUCUAUUUGCGUCGCAACCCCGGCGGCUGGUUGGAGCAGGAGACAUACUAUUAA